AUGAGUGUAUUUGGGUACUUACCCAAAACUAAACUGAGUGUGACUCCAGACAGUCCUGUAUUCACUGGAGAGACGGUCAAUCUGAAGUGUGUGAUUGAGUCUUACAGUGACUGGAGAUAUGAGUGGUAUAAAGACACAGACAGAGUAAAGAACAGUUACACUGUAAACGGAGACACACUCACUAUCAGAGGAGCUACUAAAUCUGAUCGAGGUCAGUUCUGGUGUAGAGGACAGAGAGAUGAGAGACCAAACUCAUCACAGGAGAGUGAACGAAUUGAUCUCGCUGUUAAUGACUUUAGACCCAAAACUAAACUGAGUGUGACUCCAGAUAGUCCUGUCUUCACUGGAGAGACGGUCAAUCUGAAGUGUGUGAUUGAGUCUAACAGAGACUGGAGAUAUGAGUGGAAUAAAGACAGUGUAAAGUUACAGUCGUCUGAGCUUUACACUGUAAACACAGACACACUCACUAUCAGACGAGCUACUGAGUCUGAUGCGGGUCAGUACACGUGUAGAGGACAGAGAGAUGGAAGUCCUUCAUCCUCACAGGAGAGCAACCAAAUUGAUCUUGCUGUUAAAGCCCUGCUGGGCUCCAUUCCUGACCAAGAACGAGCGGCUGAAGUCAAAGAUCUGGUUUUGGAACAUGAUGAGUUACCAGUGGAACGGGCAUUAGGCAUGCAGUGGUGCACGAGUUCUGACAGCUUCAGGUUCAAAAUACAUCUGCCGGACAAGCCAUGUACAAGACGGGGCAUUUUAUCUGUAGUCAGUUCGGUGUAUGACCCAAUGGGUUUUUUGGCACCACUCCUACUACCCAUCAAGCUCAUUUUAAGAAAUCUCUGCCAGGAGAAGAAAGGUUGGGAUGAAGAAAUCCAUGAAAAGGAAUGUCGGACAUGGAUGAAGUGGCUGACAGACUUAGACAAGCUUUUAGAACUACGUCUGAACAGAUGUUUCAAACCCGCCGCAUUUGGUCCCACAAACACUGCUCAAAUUCAUAAUUUCUCAGAUGCUAGUCAAGAUGGAUAUGGCGUUGUGUCGUAUCUCUUGCUGUCAAAUGACCGGAGUGAGAAACAUGUAUCAUUCUUGAUGGGAAAGUCCAGAGACGCUCCACUUAAACAGAUCACGAUCCCGAGAAUGGAGUUGACAGCAGCAAUGGUUGCCGUCAAGAUCGAUCGGAUGUUGAAAGAAGAACUUGAAGUUCCCCUGAUGGAGUCGGUCUUCUGGACGGAUAGUACAACAGUACUAAAGUACAUUGAGAGCGAUGCCCUUCGUUUCAAAACGUUUGUAGCCAACCGUGUCUCUUUCAUUAGAGAAGCGACUACAUCUUCUCAGUGGAAGUAUGUCAACACCGCACAAAACCCAGCAGAUCAGGCUUCCAGAGGUUUAAAGAUCCAGAGCUUCAUGGAGAGUAAGAGCUGGUUUCAGGGGCCUAGUUUCUUGCGAGAAGAAGUUGAAUGGCCGAAACAACCUGAACAAUGGCCUUACCUGACUGAAGAUGAUGUUGAGGUGAAGACAUCCGCUGCAGUGUCAUGCACAAACUCAAAUGAGUGCACAGAUCCACUGAAUCAGCUCUUUGAGUAUUACUCCAGUUGGCAUAAGCUAAAAAAGGCAGCAGCCUGGAUUUUGCAAUUGAGAAGGAAGUUUCGGCACCUGAGCGAGAAGAGAAAAGAGCUUGAGCAGAACAUACAGCAGAAUGAGAAUGAUCCAGAGAAAUGCAGAUCUAUAGUUGAACAGCAAAUGGUGAUGUACAGGAAAAACCUGGAAAAAAGAAUACUUACCGUGGAAGAUCUAUCCAGAGCUGAAAUUGAACUUAUUAAAUACAGUCAGAAACAAACUUACAUGGAGGAGAUACAAGCUUUGCAGCUGGCAGGCUCCCGUGUGAAAAAGAACAGUUCUAUUUUCAAGCUGGAUCCGUACUUGCAAGGAGAUGUGUUGAGAGUAGGAGGACGAUUGAACAGAUCGGCGAUGCCUGAAGAGGCCAAGCAUCCUGCCAUUCUGCAUAAACAACACAGAAUAGCUCACCUCAUUCUCCACCACAUUCAUCAAGAGUGUGGACAUGGAGAUCUGGAGCCAAAGCCUGAACUCACAUCAGAUCCUGCAGGAGCUGCACUUGCAGGAAACACAGUGACUCUGACCUGUCGCAUGAAUCUGUCCCCUGGAUGGGACUUUUACUGGUACAAACACACACUGAACUCUGAGAAAAAGACAGAAACAAACUCCAACAGAGUGAAGAUUGAUUCAGUGUCUGAUGGAGGUCAGUACAGGUGUAGAGCUGGAAGAGGGAAACCAGUCUACUACACACAAUACAGUGAUGCACUGUGGGUAAAUAUUACAGUGAGUCCUAAAGCUGUGGUGACGGUACGACCGGAUGAACAAGUGUUCAGAGGAGAAACAGUCUCUCUCAGAUGUGAUAUAAAGUGGACGUACACUGAGUGGACGUACAGAUGGGAAACAGAGGGAACAAACUACCAAUAUAACUCAACCUCAACACAAGAGCUGAACAUCAGCAGUGUUAAAGACUUUCACCGUGGUAAAUACACCUGUACAGGACAGAUGGGAACACAAAGCUCUCAGCGCAGUGAUGCUGUAACACUGAAUGUAUCAGCUGAAGCUCAGGCAGCAGUGCGAGUGUCUCCACAGCCGUGGCUGACUGAAGGAGACUCAGUGACUCUGAUCUGUGAGGUUACAGUCUCCUCUACAGGCUGGACGUUCAGCUGGUUCAGAGAUGAUGAUCAUCUGUCCGACAGCAGCAGAGGAGCUGGAGGCUCUUACACUCUCAGUCCUGCUGCUCUACAGCACACAGGAGUUUAUACGUGCAGAGCAGAGAGAGGACGACCGGCCUAUUACACAAAGACCAGUAACACACAGCCCCUGUGGAUCACUGGUGUUUCUACUUCAGUGUCUCUGGUGGUCCGUCCCCGCAGAAGUCAACACUUCUCAUCUGACUCUCUCUCUUUGAGCUGUGAGGAUCAGACGAACUCUUCUGGAUGGACAGUGAGAAGAUACACAGACAGAAACACAGAAGAUUGUUCAAAACUAACAGGAUCUACAUGUCGACUCGUCUCUCUCAGCACAUCUGACUCUGGAGUUUACUGGUGUCAGUCUGAAUCUGGAGAGAAACGCCAUCCUCUAAACAUCACUGUACACGAUGGUGAUGUGAUUCUGGAGAGUUCUGUUGAUCCUGUAAUUGAGGGACAUACUCUGACUCUACACUGUUUACAUCGAUCUACAAUCUCCUCGAUCCUCAGAGCUGAUUUCUAUAAAGACGGAUCACUCGUCCAGAAUCAGACGACAGGAGAGAUGAUCAUCACGACUGUCUCAGAGUCAGACGAGGGUUUCUACUACUGUAAAACAGAGAGAGGACAGUCACUGCACAGCUGGAUCUCAGUCAGAGUCUCAGCAGCUUCAUCUUCUCUUCUGGUCACUGGUGUGGUUGUGGGAUCGAGUGUUUGUCUGUUGUUCUUCCUCUCACUGCUGCUGAUGUGGAGAUACAAGAAGAACAAAGAUCAGCAGCGUAACAUUAACCAGACAUCAGUCCCAAAUAAAUCUGCACAAUCUCAACUGGAGAACUUUCCUCUACAGUCUGCAGAUUCUGAUCACAUUUAUAACGAUGUGACUGAAGUGAAUAAGAGAGACAAAGAUGAUUCAAAGCCCUUGACAGAUGUCACAUAUUCAGAGGUCACUGUUAAGAAAAAAAUGGACAAAGCUAAAGCAGAGUCAAAUAAUGUGACAUACUCAGAAGUCGGAAAAAGAGGAAAGAAAUGCAAAAGUAAAGGUGAGAUUGAGUUUUUCCUGAAGUACAGUAUUUCCAGAAUGAUCUGA